AUCCCCGAGACAAGGUCUGAGAAGGGGCGUCCGAGAUGCCCAGGACCCUCAGGGCGGCGCGCGCGCGGCAGGAAAACCCACAGCACCUUAGCGCCCAGGGAGAAGACACAGAGGGAAUGGAUGUGUAUGGCGGGUUCCCUGCUUAGUCUGCUUGUCAAAAGCGUGUGUUGUCCCCACAGCUUGUUGAUUUGGGGGUGCUCCGCAUCUGUUGGGAUCCGAAAGUCUGGAUCUCCUUGGGUGCACCAGGGAGAGCCCCUGGGGAGGAUUCUGUUUAUAAAUGGGCUUAUCUUCUCCUAACUCCCCACGCACAAGACUGAGUAGAGCACUCUCCCCAGGGACGUACAACCGCCAGGCAAAGGAAACCCUAACUUUUCUUCCUUUCCCCAGAGACAGCACAAGGCUGGCCCCAGACAGGAGCCCAGUCCUGUGGGACCUGCAAUUCCUAGUCCCUCUUCCCUUCUCACACCAAGCCUGUCUCCUCUUCCAGGAUUUGCUACUGUUUCUGCUGUUCCCUCCUCCCCACAGGGGCCCUCUCCCCUCUCCCCUCUCAAGAUGGCAGCCAGCCCCUCCGAGGUCUCUUCGAUGAAGGGGGUGGAAGAGAGUCCUGAGGCCCAGGGAGAAGGGCCUGGCAGUUCUGAAGCUGGAACUGGCUCUCUCCCGGCCCCAGCAGGGGUCCCAGACCAGCCAGUGGCCCUGCAGCCGGGCCCAGACACUACUGCAGUCUCUGUGGACUUGGGGCCCAUGGCUUCGCUGGCUCCAGAAACUACAGAGACCCGGAGUGGGGGCCCAGAAACAGCCCAGACUACAGACCCCAGCUUAGGCCCAGGAGGGGAGUCAAAGGCCAACUGCAGCGCUGAAGUGUGCCAGGAGCCAGCUUCCAAAGCAGCAGCGAACAAAGAGGCCCCUGCAUACCAGGGGUCAGAGCAGGAGUGUGCAGCCCCACCUGAGCCAGCCUCAGAGCCUGCUCACAAGCUAGACCCCCAGUCAGGCCCCCAGUCAGCUUCCCAGCCCACUCCUAAACCAGCCCUUCAGCCAGAGCCCCCUACCCAAGAGGACCCCACCCCUGAGGUCCUUACCGAGGAUGUGGGGGAAAAGCAAGAGAAUGGGGCAGUGGUCCCUCUGCAGGCUGGUGAUGGGGAAGAGGGCCCAGCCCCCCACCCUCACUCGUCCCCCUCGACGAAAGCCUCCUCAGCCAAUGGGGCUCCUCCCCGGGUGCUGCAGCAGCUGGUUGAGGAGGACCGGAUAGGAAGGGCUCACAGUGGGCACCCAGGAUCUCCUCGAGGCAGCCUGAGCCGCCACCCCAGCUCCCAGUUGGCAGGGCCUGGGGUGGAGGGGGGUGAAGGCACCCAGAAACCGCGGGACUACAUCAUCCUUGCUAUCCUGUCCUGCUUCUGCCCCAUGUGGCCCGUCAACAUCGUGGCCUUCGCUUAUGCCGUCAUGUCCCGGAACAGCCUGCAGCAAGGGGACGUGGAUGGGGCCCAGCGCCUGGGCCGCGUAGCCAAGCUCUUAAGCAUCGUGGCACUGGUGGGGGGGGUCCUCAUCAUCAUCGCCUCCUGCGUCAUCAACUUAGGCGUGUAUAAGUGAAGGGCCCUGCCCUGCAUUCCAAGACUUUUUCUUCCUGUUGAGAGCUGCCUUGGGCCCAUCCCUGGGGGGGGGGAGCCCAAUCGAUGGCCCUGGCCCCCAUCCCUAGGGACCAAGGGAGCCUGAGCGGAGUUGUUUACAGCUUCUUUCAGGCUCCUGCAUCCUGCCAGGCUCCUCUACCCACUGUAGGCCUCCAGUCUCCCUGCACUGUUUCCAGCUCCCCGCACUUUGCCUGCUGAUACAUCCCCUCCAGCCUCUUGGCCUUCCUAACCCUGCACUUCUGGAAGCCUCUGCACAUCUCCCAGACUCCCAGACUCUGUGCUCUCAGCCCCAGGCCUCUCUCCCUGCACCUCCAGUCUCCCAGUUUCUCUGAACUUUAAUCCUGGUCUCCUGCUCCCAACUUCCAUUGUCUCCGCAUCUAACCCCUCCCUCUCCUUCCUUUGAUCGCUCACAACCCCCUUCCUCUUUCUGCCUCUUCCUCAUCCCUUAGCAUCCUCUUCUCCACUUUCCUGCCACCAUUCUGCAAGAUCUCCAGCACUUAGACCAGGCUGGGGAGGUGGAGAGGCGCCUGGAGAGGGUAGCCCGGGGUUCCGACUGUUCUCGCUGGGGUCCCGGACCUCCUACCCGCC